GCCAUCGAGUAGCCAUUUAAUACGACCAGUACAAGAAUUUGGAAAUUUACAUUUUCAACACAACAGUGUUGGUGUGCCGUGUCAUGGAGAAAUCAUCGCGUCCCAAGCGCAAUCGCCGCCACAGCAGGCGUGCCUGGCCUCCGGAAGAUGACGGGCAUCCAACACGCGCUGCCAAGCGUCUCUUUACACCCGACAUCAAGCGCAUGCUGAAGGAUUGGCUUAUAAGGCGGCGGGACAAUCCGUAUCCCAGUCGCGAUGAGAAGAAGCACCUGGCAGCCGAAACGGGCUUAACAUACACGCAAAUCUGCAAUUGGUUUGCCAAUUGGCGACGCAAAUUGAAGAACUCGGAGCGAGAAAAGGCUAAGAAAUCCUGGGGCCAUCUUAUCAAGAACUACAAUCAUAAUGCUCGCGGAAAUGUCGAACAAUUUAGCAUAUCGUCCGAGGAUAGCAUUUGGGAGGAGGACAUGCGAGCUCGCGGUGAAGUGGACGAGGAAGACGCUGAUGGGUAUGAGGAUGAUGAACUGUCCAGUCGCAGCACAGGAAGCGAUGGUAACGGCAACAACGCAUUAACAAUGUACAAGCCAAAUUUCUAUGUGGAUGCUAUGGGCACUAAUGACAACGUUAAUCGGGUGCCCAUGCUGCCAACUGUGCCCGUUGGAAAGGCCAAGUACAAACAACAAAUGAUGGAAAAGUAUCUGCGGGAUACCGGCAGACAAGAUUCGACCCCGCAGGCGGGCACACAACUCAACAAGUGGUUGGAAAGUGCAGCCAAGUUUACGCCGGAUAAGCACAACUAUCACAUUGAAUGGAAUAUGCGCAGGCAUAAAUAUGUUGAAGACGCGCCUCCGUGUCCCAGAUCCCAAGUACUCUUUACUAGCGAUGCGACUGCGGCUGUUCAGAAUUAUUAUAACACCAUACACCAUAAGGACGAAUUGGAUGCAGCCGAGGCUUUAGCAAAUCUAGCCUUCAAUUGCCGGCAACGUUUCCACAAUACAGAGUCAAAUUUAGGCGGCACAACACAGCAGGCGAUAAGUUCCUAGACAGGAGCAGUGCAGCUGAGAAUAGGAACAAAAACGCAAUCAUUCCAGCCAGCAGAUGUAUCAAGAGGCGUUGGAAAGUGCAAUCUACAGAACUAAUGCCGUUUCCGAACAUUUUUUGAAAUAAAACAACCAAGCCAUGAUUUGGAAACGUUAGGUUUCACACAAUUCUUUUUAACGAAAAAGAUUUGCUACGCAUUUCGUCUACGAAAAGUUGAUCGGAUUCGGAAACGGCAUUAGGGCUGCCUAUUAGUGAUAGUUGUGGACUCUAGUCUUAGUUUAGUAUGAAAGACAAAUACAUAUUUUUUCCUGUUAUAUUGUUA